UGUAUAAACCAGUACUUUUUUCCUACCUUUGAGUCCAUAACUUUGUGAAAACCACUAAGACUUUGUUGACUGAGACUAGAGUUUUUUGACAUGCUUCAUGUUAAAUCACAUAAAAAAAUUGAUCUUUUUAUCUAAAGUAUGAGCAAAAGACUAUUUGUUCAAUACAUCCCUAGAUUUACUCUAAAUAACUUGGAGCUCAAUAGUUACGUAUGUCAAAUCCACUGGAAAUUUGCACAACUGAAGUAGAAUAUGAUCUAGCCUUCUUAUUAUGUUAAGACCCAUUCCAGUUUUUGUGUUGACCAAAGUACUGGUCAUCCUUUCUUUUUCUUCAUGAAACCUUAUGACUUUUCCUUAUCUGGGGUCAUGAACUGGUGUGUAAAAUAUGGACACUUUGAUGUGUCCUGGAAUGUCUCUGCAGUGUUUGUAUACAAAGAUGAUGUUGCGGGUCAUUUUGACCCACACACUUUUAUGUAAGUAAAAAGUUGUUCAGAUCCAAAAUAAACAUUUCCCUUUGAUGUACUUUGUUUUGACUGCUUCUGAAUAUACAUUCAGACCCAGGUGUGUAUGCAAGAAACUUUCUCUCCCCUAUUCUUGUCACUGUUCUCAUGUCAUUUCAACACACCAAAAAUGAGCUCCAGGAGGUUGACGACUGAAGAAGCUUUAUCACUGCUUUUCAACUGGGAUAGUGAUGAAGAAGAAGAUGUUUCAGAGACUGAGGAUCUUUCAGAGGCCGAGGACAAUGUUAUUGAUGAUCCAGACUGCCAAUUUUCAGACGAGGAGGAGGAUUCUGAGGGAGAGUGUGCCGCCAUCUCUACAUCAAAUGAAAACCAAGGAAUGCAGCAAUCAUCAUCCAUAGAGGAGACAUGGACAUCUAAAGAUGAAAGGAUCAUACUGGACAUGACUAACCUGGAAGGGAGGCGUGUAUUUCAAGAGAAGUGGAAGCCACUGGAUCAGACUGACUUGCAUGCUUAUAUUGAAAUUCUGAUAUUAGCUGGAGUAUACAGGUCCAAGGGAGAGGCAACUGCAAGUCUAUGGAAUGAAGAGAAUGGAAGGCCAAUCUUUCGAGCAACAAUGUCUUUGGAGACAUUUCUCAAGAUAUCUCGUGUGAUCAGAUUUGACAACCGUGAAACCAGAGCUGGUCGACGUGAAAGAGACAAACUUGCUGCAAUCAGAGAUGUAUGGGAUAAAUGCGUGGAAAUUCUACCUUUGUUGUACAACCCUGGUCCCCACGUUACUGUUGAUGAGCGCCUUGUCCCAUUCAGGGGUCGCUGUCCUUUCCGACAGUAUAUGCCCAACAAGCCGGCCAAGUAUGGCAUCAAAAUAUGGGCAGCCUGUGAUGCAAAAUCUAGCUAUGCAUGGAAUAUGCAAGUGUACACUGGAAAGUUACCUGGAGGAGCAUCUGAGAAGAAUCAGGGGAUGCAUGUGGUGCUGCAGAUGAGUGAAGGGCUGCAAGGGCAUAACAUCACCUGUGACAAUUUCUUUACAUCCUACUGGCUUGGAGAGGAACUUCAGAAGAGAAAGCUGACUAUGUUGGGAACAAUCAGAAGAAAUAAGCCAGAACUUCCCAGUGAAAUUUUGAAGAUGCAGGGAAGAUCUCUGCAUUCCUCAUUAUUUGUUUUCACUGAGAAAGCAACAGUUGUUUCAUACUGCCCAAAGAAAAACAAGAAUGUUCUUGUCAUGAGCACAAUGCACACAGAUGCAUCUCUGAGCACAAGAGAUGACAAACCACAACCACAAAUGAUCCUAGACUACAGCUCCACCAAAGGAGGAGUAGAUAAUCUUGACAAAGUCACAGCGACAUACAGCUGCCAGCGCAAGACAGCUCGUUGGCCCUUGGUAAUUUUCUACAAUAUUUUGGAUGUGUCUGCUUACAAUGCCUAUGUCCUGUGGACUGAAAUCAACCAACAUUGGAAUGCGGGUAAAUUGUACCGACGUUGCCUUUUCCUGGAAGAACUGGGAAAAAGUCUUGUCACUCCCAAGAUCCAGAUGCGAGUCAGACCAGCUCGAUCCCCAGCAGCAGCAGCUGUCAUUGAAAAGGUCAAGUGUGCACCAUCCAACCAAUCUGCAGUGGAUUCAGUGGAACCAGGUAUAAAGAAACGGAAAAGAUGCCAGGUCUGUCCCUCACGAGAAGACAUUAAAACAAGCACUGUUUGUGAGAAAUGCAAAAAGUACAUCUGCAGAAAGCACACAGUUACAUUCUGUCCAUCAUGUGGACAAAAUUGAAAAUGUUGAACACUGAAAAACUGAAAAAAUCGGGCAAGUUAAAAAGAAAUGUGUUUGUAAAGAAGGGAAAACUUUUACUAAAUUGUUCUUAAAAAGAGUUAUGGUAAUUCAAACUGUGUUGUAUGUCUGUGUUCUAAAUGUUUUUCUAAUGGAAAAUAAAGUUGCUAUUGUUUUAUUGCAGUUUUUUGACAAUUCUGAGUGGAUUUACACAGUGCGGGUCAUUUUGACCCACAACAUAAUCAAUGUGAUUUUUUUUCAACAUAAUACAAGGGCUAGAAUGCAUCUUCCAUCCUAUAUCCCUAGUCUUAUAAGGAAAAAAUCUAGUCUAAAAAUACUUUCUGUAGACCAGGCUUAUAUACUAAAUACAGUCAUGAAUGCUGCAGUGUAAUACAUUCAUGCCUGUGGAUAAAAUAAACUUUUAAAGAUCUAAAAAUCUAUUCUGGAAUAUCUUCAUGCAAACCUUGACAAAACCUAGUCAAAAGUGUUAACUUAGUGCAGCAGAGUUUCUUGUGGAAUUCCACUUAGCUACAGGGCUGCUAAUUAUUUCCAUUUAUGUAAAAAUGUGAAAGAGCAACCCUGCCAUUUAGAGAUUUUCCUAAUUUGUUGGCUAAAGAGUUUCAAAAUUCAGUUCCCUGUCACAAUGUCUCUUUGUGCUCUCUGGGUUUAAAGCUGCUGAGCCGAUAAGGCUGGUGUAUUAUACUCUAAACUGUAGUUUAGAGCGACAAUAAACACAAGUUUUAACAU